AUGGGUUGUGGAGCGGGUGGUGUGAAAAUUUUGGAGACGCUUAGGGAGGAUACUCCGGGAGGAAACCCAAGCGGAGAAGGAUCACUGAGAGGUGUCUCACAAGGAGAUCAAACCUCAAUCCCUUUCCCAUUUUGUGGCUAUUGCAGAAAAGUCAACCAUCUGGAGGAGGUCAUUGCGGGCAUUCAGCGGAAGGCACGCGGGGGUAAUGUCGUUUUUAAGCUUGACAUGAUGAAAGCUUACGAUAGGAUGAUGUGGCCUUUCUUGAUAAAGGUCCUACGCUCCUUUGGCUUUGGAGAACGCUGGAUUGUUAUGGUCUGGCGGAUUAUCUCCAAUGUUUGGUUUUUCGUCAUUGUAAAUGGUUCAAUCUGCGAUUUCUUUAAGUCAGCUCAGGAGUUUCGCCAGGGGGAUCCUUUGUCACCGGCUUUGUUCAUCAUCGGGGCAGAGGUGCUUUUUCGUUCUUUAAAUCAACUGGUGCACCAACGGGGGUUCCAAGGCUUCAGUGUCCCACGAGGUUGUCCGACUAUCACCCAUUUGGGGUAUGCUGAUGAUGUGCUAAUUUUCUCAAGUGCGACCGCCACUUUUCUCCACCUGACACAGGAGGAUGGUGAUCCAGCGGGCUACGGGUUUCAAGUCGUGUUCCUUUCCCAUCAGGUAUCUGGGUACCCUCUGUAUUAUGGCCGCCGGAAAAAGGAGUGCUUUACUGGACUAUGCCAGGCUGUGCAUGUCCUCUCUGCGUUGCCGGUAUAUCUCUUGAUGGCUGCGUCACCUCCGAAAUCUGUGUUUAAAGAGAUUGAAGGGCGCUUCUCGAAUUUUCUUUGGGGGGAAGAAGGGGGUUUGGGGCUUCGACGUUUGGAGGAUAUUCAUAGAGCUUUCUCCAUCAAGCUUUUGUGGAGCUUCCGUUCUUUGUCAUCCCUUUGGGCAACCUUCAUGAAGGCUAAGUACUGCGCGCAGUUGGCUUCGCGGCUGGAUAGUGUGUCGGACCAUUUGGUUGCUGAUUUCAUAGAGAACGGACAUUGGAACCUCCCACUCCUGCAGCAAUGGGUGCCGCACGGGGUUGUCAGUGAGGUUGUUCGGGUUGUGCCUCCUGUAGGUCAACUUCCUGAUUUAAUGGUAUGGAGACCGUGUUCAUCGGGGCAGUUUACCCUAUGGUCUGCAUUUCACCUUGUGAGACGGCAUGCCAAUAGCUCAUUCAUGUCUAGACAAAUAUGGCACCCGGUGGUUCCUUUGAAAAUUUCUUUCUUCUUAUUACGUCUCUUACGGGGUCGCAUACCGGUGGAUUGCUGCUUGAUGAAAUUUGGGGUUCAUGGGCCUUCCAGGUGUGGGUGUUGCUCAUCUCCGGUAGUCAAAAUUGUUGAGCAUGUCUUUGCUAUGGGGGAGAUGGCGUCACGCGUAUGGCAUUUUUUCGGGGAUCCAGUAGGCAUAUCCUGGGUUGGCUCAUCAUUUCGUGUAUGUAUGGCAUCCUGGUGGUAUGGGAAGCGGGGUAACCGGCAGCUGGCUUUUGUGCAUCAUAUUCUUCCACUCCUAAUUUGCUGGCACCUGUGGAAAUUCAGAAAUCGCAUGAGAUACGAUGGAGUCCGACUAGGGUUUGCCAGGUUGUGCUACUUAGUCUUAUCCGACCUCUUGGAGCUGUUUGGCCUGUUUCUUCGCCAACGUAGGUCCUUCCCUGCAGACUGGGUGCAUUUCUAUGCAGAGAUUUCAGGGUGGGUCCCCCGGGUGUCCUAUACGCUAGUGCGGUGGUCUCGACCUUCAGGGGAUGCUCUCAAACUCAAUACGAAUGGGUGCACCAAGGGCAACCCUAGUGUUAGUGGGGCAGGAGGGAUUCUUCGGGAUGGAGGUGGCAGUUUGCUUUUGGCAUUUUCUUGUUAUUUUGGUCAUGCUACGAGUCUUCAGGCCGAGGUUCGUGCGCUUCUAUUUGGGGUUCAGCUGUGCGUUCAACGUGGCUUUGGUAGGUUAGAUGUCGAACUAGAUUCACUCGUGUUAGUCCACAUUCUCCUAGGCAAGGCGAGCUGUCCUUGGGGUGUUUAUCACGAGAUUCAGCAGUUGUUGGAAUUGCGAGGUCACUUUUUACGAGUUAGCCAUUGUCUCCGCCAGGCAAACCAAGUUGCUGAUGCUUUAUCGAAUGUCGGUUGUGCUCAGGGGGGAGAGAAGAUCUACACCUCCUCGUUAGCAUUACCUCCGGAGGCUAGAGGAGCCAUGCGCCUAGAUAGGGUAGGGGUUCCAUCUGUUAGACGUAUGGUUCAUGACAGGGUAGAUUGUAGAGGCUUCUCUUCAUUUUGA